UUGGUGAGGUAAGCCUUUUGCAUCACUCAACGGGUAAACGCUUCGGUCGCAAGAGGUGUUUUCGAAAUAUUUUAAGUGAAAAAAGAACAUAUUUAUUGAGUAUAUUACUGCUGUGAGGAUAAAUUAGUGGUUGCAUACGCGUGUGCUUCCCUUGCGGACAUUUGCGUUACGUCCUCGAUUGAAACUACUGGAUUUUGAUCAAGUUUUAAUUUUCACCGGCAAAAUGGCGACAAAGGACAUAAAAUCAUUUUUCUUCGAGUGGUGUCAGAAAAAUGAAUGUACACCGACUUUUGAAGUGCGCCCAACGGGGCCCAAGAACCGGCAGCGUUUCCUUUGCGAGGUUCGUGUCCCAUCGAUAGCGUAUGUGGGCGCAGGAAAUUCGACCAACAAAAAAGACUCGGAGCGAAAUGCCUCCCGAGAUUUUGUGAACUAUCUUGUUCGAGCGGGUAAAAUCCCAGCCUCCGAUGUGCCGAGUGAAGGUGGUAGCGAUAGUGCUGCCGGUGCUGCUCCAUCCGGAGGAGGUGCUCCCUCUCUGAUGAACAUAAACCCAGCCAAUGUAUUCCAGGGUGGCAUGGGUCCCUCGGAUCUUGGUCAAGCAUAUCGUCCGUAUAUACGAGAUGCUAGUGAAUAUGUUCCGUCGAAAGAACAGUUGGCCGAGCAGGAAGCCAACAUGGAGUCGGCAGAGUCACUGGACGUGAAUGCUUCGAUCCACGGAAACUGGACAAUUGAGAACGCCAAGGCCAAGCUCAACCAGUGGCUGCAGAUGAACAAGCUGAAUCCAGACUACAAGUACACAUCUGUAGGGCCGGAUCAUGCCAGAAGCUACAUGGCCGAGAUGACCAUCUUCGUGAAGCAGCUACGCCGUUCCAUAACCGGUCGCGAAUCCGGUUCGAACAAACAAUCGGCCAGUAAAUCUUGCGCCCUCUCACUCAUUCGUCAGAUGUUUCAUUUGGGUGUCAUUGAGGCAUUCAGCGGCAACUUGAAAACGGCUAAGAACCAGGAGCAGAUGAAACCUAUCCCGGUGCGGGUUUCCCCAAAGCUCGAGCAGCGCAUUGUGGAAUGCUUGCGUGAAGUUGAGAUCCAACCGGUUUAUGUGAAUCGAGACCAGAGCAAUAGUGAGCCGGUCAGUUUGCUGCACGCAUCCGAUGAAGUGCACCACAAACCGCAAAGUAUUAAGCUGAAGCAGAUUGCUUCGGUCAUUCCGUGGUCUCCACCAACACCAAACUGGAACCCGUGGGUGGCAUGCAACAUUGACGAAGGUUACUUGGCGACGGCAACGUUGGAGCAGUUGAGCGAUGAUUUGAUGAAUGCUUCGAGAGAACGCAUACAGCAGGAUCAGAUGCUCCAGGAACGCAUGAGGGAUCGGGAGCAGUUGCCAAUCGCUAAGAUUAGAAGUGAGAUAAUGGAAGCAAUUAAUGAGCAUCCGGUUGUACUUGUUCGUGGUAAUACCGGCUGCGGUAAGACAACCCAAAUUGCUCAAUUUAUUCUGGAGGAUUAUAUAAACUCGGGCCAGGGAGCUUACUGUAACAUUUGCGUAACGCAGCCCAGAAGGAUCAGUGCGGUCAGCGUUGCGGAACGAAUCGCCAAUGAACGGUGUGAGAACAUUGGAGAAGCAGUUGGAUAUUCGGUAAGAUUCGAGUCCGUUUUGCCGAGACCGUUCGGUUCCAUUCUAUUCUGCACGAUCGGCGUCCUGUUGAGGAAGCUUGAAGCUGGACUGCGUGGCGUCUCCCACGUCAUCGUGGAUGAAAUCCACGAGCGUGAUGUCAACAGCGAUUUCAUUCUUGUCGUUCUGCGAGACAUGUUGCAUACUUAUCCGGAUUUACGAGUAAUUCUGAUGUCGGCUACAAUUGACACAACUUUAUUUUCCGAAUACUUCGGCAAUUGUCCUUGUAUUGAAGUGCAAGGCAGAGCCUUCCCGGUGGAGCAAUUUUACCUGGAAGAUUGCAUUGAAAUGUUGAAUUUCGUCCCACCUGUCGACACAAAGAAACGCAAGCGAGGCGGCGGUAAGGAUGACGAAGAUGAAGGCGGUGAGAACGCUACCGUUAAGCUUACCGGUGAAACGGAUACAUCGAAUCUGAACCAAGUGAUCGACGAACAACGGUAUUCGGUGCAAACGAAAAACUCGAUGGCACGCCUAUCCGAAUCGGAAGUUUCCUUCGAGCUGAUCGAAGGUUUGCUUAGCUAUAUCGACGCACAGAACGUUCCGGGAGCUGUGCUUGUUUUCCUGCCCGGUUGGAAUCUGAUUUUCGCUCUGAUGAAGUAUCUCCAGAGUAAACCUCAGUUCAACGGACAACGAUGCGUUAUCCUGCCGCUGCACUCACAGUUACCGAGAGAAGAUCAGCGGAAAGUAUUUGACCACUACGGCGACACACGUAAGGUUAUCCUGUCCACCAAUAUCGCCGAAACAUCGAUUACAAUUGAUGACAUCGUAUACGUGAUCGAUAUCUGCAAGGCGAGAAUGAAAUUGUUCACAUCCCAUAAUAAUAUGACCAGCUAUGCGACGGUUUGGGCCGCGAGGACCAACUUAGAGCAAAGAAAGGGUCGCGCAGGUCGUGUUCGUCCGGGCAAAUGUUUCACGCUUUGUUCGCGUGCCCGUUUCGAAAAACUCGAUGAACACAUGACUCCCGAAAUGUUCCGCACACCGUUGCACGAAUUGGCACUGAGCAUUAAAUUGCUCCGGCUGGGAUCGAUCGGCCAGUUCUUGUCGAAGGCCAUCGAGCCACCGCCACUGGAUGCGGUUAUCGAGGCAGAGGUGCUUCUCAAGGAGAUGAAAUGUUUGGACGCGGCCGAGGAGCUCACACCAUUUGGAAAAAUUUUGGCCCGCCUGCCGAUUGAACCCCGACUCGGAAAGAUGAUGAUUUUGAGUACAUUGUUUGGGGUAUGUGACCCAAUCGGAACCAUGGCCUCAUACUCGGGUACUUUUUCGGAAAUCUUCCAAUUGGACGUUGGCCAGCGGCGCUUGAUGACCCAUCAGAAAGCGCUCAGCGGGAACAAAAACUCGGACUACGUAGCUAUGCUUACGGCUUAUAGGAUGUGGAGUGAAAAACGCCGUCGUGGAGAGGAAGCCGAAAUUCAGUUCUGCGAGUGGAAGGGUCUUCAGUUGCCGACGAUGCGAGUCAUUUCGGAAGCGAAGCGCCAACUGUUGGAUCUGCUGUCGCAAACAGGCUUCCCAGAGGAAUCUAUGGUUGAAAUGAGCUUCGAUCCGAAUGAAAGUGAUCCAAGCUUGGACAUGGUACUGGCUCUGCUUUGCGUUGGCCUCUAUCCGAAUGUUUGUGUGCACAACGAGAAACGGAAGGUCCUUACCACCGAAUCGAAGGCUGCCCUUAUCCACAAAACCUCUGUCAAUUGCAGCAAUCUGCAGGUUACAUUCCCCUAUCCAGUGUUUGUGUUCGGCGAAAAGGUUCGAACCAAGGCCGUUAAUUGCAAACAAAUGUCUAUGGUGGCACCGAUCCAUAUUUUGCUGUUUGGAUGCAAGAAGGUCGAAUGGGUUGAUAACGUGGUACGAAUUGACAACUGGAUGAACUUCGAUAUGGAUCCGCAGCAAGCGUCGCUAAUUGUUACGCUGCGACCGAUCAUCCAAGAUCUGCUCAUCAGAAUAUCGGAGAAUCCGGAAGAGGUCAAUCAAUUGGAAGAAAAAUAUCAAAACUUGCUCGACGUUGUAAAGGAUUUGUGCUCGUUCGAAGCAGGAGAUUUUGAAAUCAAACGAGAGACAGGAUUAACGCCUUUGGAUCAGGCGCGGUCUAAUUCUAACAAGUUCCCACGCUCAGAUAACGGAGGGCCUCGAUCGGGUGGCUUCAAUAAUGGUGGUGGCGGUUUCGGUGGUGGUAAUCGCGAUGGCUACGGAGGUGGAUACGGAGGAAACCGAGGUGGUGGCGGUUACAGUGGGGGCUUCGGCGGAGGUCGAGGUGGUGGAUUCGGUGGUGGUGGCCGAGGCGGUGGUGGAGGAUACGGAGGUGGAUUUGGCGGUGGUCGAGGAGGUGGAGGACGACGUUGGUAAUUUUAUUUAAUAUUUAUUACUGGAAAUUUGCAGUAGCUGAAUAAUCAUAACUAAUCAAACUUUUAACCUUACUUAAAGAUGUAGAAUUAGACAAUGGUAUAUCAAGAAUAAAGAUAUUCAAAAAUAAAGAAGCAUUUGUCAACUGAUCG